AUGAAAGUAUCUCGAGAAUCUAUAUCUGAAUUAAAUAAAAUGAGUCAAGAUAUUAUUAAUAAGAAAACAUUAAAUUUCAAUAACGAAUACAUUAAAAUAUCGAAUAUGAAUCAUGAAAUUGUUAAUCUGUUUGAAAGAAAAAGUUAUUUAAUCUUAUGGGUACCAUAUAUCUUUAGAAAGUAUAAAAUACUUAAUUAA